GUGAGCACUUCAAAUUCAAACGUCAACUCAACGCCAACUUCACUUGUCUCUUUCAAAGUUUCACCAAGAACUUUUACUGUCGCCCAUCCUUCUACUGUGGCGACAGAUACUCAGAGUUGGAAUAGUUCAAGGGUACGAUGUCUGCAGGGAUGGGAGAAACUAUGCGAACGCGAGCAAUAACAUCCACACUGACUGCACGCUUGUCCCCGACUGUGCCAUCUGCUUCUCAAACUUAUGAACCCCUUGUUAGGUCUGCUCUUCGACAGCGACUCAUCCACAAUAUAUUCGCGUUCUCCGUUGCAUUCACCCUGGUUGUCGGCAUUCUUUUGGGAGGAGAGGAUGAGACAAGUGCUUUCGCCAGGUUGCUUUCGCCGGGAACUUGGACGAUGGCAUGCCUUAAGUGGUUCGUUGGUGUGUUGCCUGUGAUGGCCAUGAGAAAGAUUUACCUCACCUCUGCCGCCACUCCUGCGACUUCACCAGCCAAGAUGCUCACGAAUGCUAUUGCAAAGCCAAGCACACGACGGUGCUUAGCAGUGUACAUGUCAUGUACAUUGAUGCUUAUCACGCUCUAUAUGAGCUCGUUUACAUCGGAAGAACGUGAAAACCUUCAUUUGAAUAUCUUCGUAAAGUCCAGGAAACAUCCGUACUAUCUUAAUGGUCGACUGCUCUUCCUCGUCCUUGCCCAGUUGUCGCUAGCCGCUAGUUUCUUACUUCGAAACAUCAUGUUAGACCGUUUUGUGUUCAGAUGGACGAAAUCUUUCAACUCAUCGGAACUUCCAUAUUCCCCGAGCAAUCUUCUGAAGCUACUUUUAAAGAUGGCUCUUUUCACCUCAUUUUCAUUGAUGGUGUAUAGCGUCGUUUUUGGUCUAUCGCGGAUGCUUGCCCUUCCACUGCUCUUGAAGCUUCCGGUAGUGAGCAGUAUUGUCCGACCGUUUGUUGCACAUUUUGCAAAGGGUACAUGGACACUAACUCUACCUGUAUUACACUGGUCGCUUUUGGUUCGAUCAUUUAUGAUGGGCCUAGUGACUGUGAUGAGUUGGGAGUUCGCGGAGUCGUUAUUUGACGCGUAUGUUCCCCAGCCGAUCAAAGUUGGCGCCCUUACUGCGGAUCCUAAUGUGACAGUGGUCUCUGGGAUUACAACUCAGGACACGGUGUUCGCACACUUUGCAUACUCUGAGUUAGCAGAGCUGGCUUCGGACGAAUCCUCGGCUGGAAGCACCCGUAGAACAGCCCUAUUUGGUGACCAAAAAUAUAGUCCGACCUUGUGGAAUGUCUUGGCCCGUCAAUCGCUCCUGCGUCUUGGACAGGAUUAUCAAACAUUCUUGCGACGCGGUGCACCGAUCACUCCUCCUGUCGCUGUAGCGCCGGCAAUACCCAAACCCAAGGAUCCACCAUCGACCCCUCUGAUUCGAAAGGCUAUCUUCAAGGCUCCGCGACAAUCUCCCCUUGCCAGUAUGCUGGAUUCAGUUUCGUCAGAUUCGGAGCUCUCAAAGGCUGCCACGGCAGUGGCAGGCGAAAUGGAGGAACGGGCCAGUCAAAUGCACAUUCCGGAGCUCUUCCGGUCUGUGGCGCCGUCAUCUGUAGCUGCCCCAGCAGCCAAUGCUGUCCUGGCUAAACCCACAUCGAGCAUCAUAUCCAGCUUCAUUGCACAGGUGGAAUCACACAGUAGAGAUCUCUUUGUGGGCCGUUGUCCAGCUUGGUUGAAGGAGUCGGCAAUAACAUGGAAUGAAUGGUUUUAUCGAGAGCGCUUGAAUAAGGUCGUUGAAGUUUGCUUGCCAAAUAGGGAACUCGAUGCACUCAUCAUUGAAGCGCUAUCGCGCUUCGUUUGUGCUUCCCUGAGCGAAGAUAGGUAUGGCGUGGUUCAAAGGGACAUACCACGCAUCCUCGAAGCCUUUGUCUCGUUUUUAUCUGCAAUAGAGGAGUAUCAGAUUGAGGUGAACGCGAAAUACACACCACCGACACCGGAUGAACUCUCUCAAGGCGACACAAAAAUACUGGAAGAAAAAGAGAUGAUGCGUUUAGAAGUUGCCAGAGCCGGUGACGUACUGGUCGUUGUCUCAGAUGGUUUGUGACGCUAAAAACCGGGGGUAGCAAACAUCUCGCGGACGUUCGGCGAUAAGCUAGUUGCUUUCAAGUUUCCCCCUCGGACUGCACGGAAGCUACAAUCAUUCGUUGACUAUACUUAGUGUUUCGGCGAGUUACAGUCGUGGAUGAUGAACCGCCCGGGUCCUCCGAAUUUCAGGCGUCCUGAGACUGCUCCUGUAUCAUGCAUCUCGUAGUGGCAGCGUUAUUGACACUUCAGUAACUGAGGGCAAGCAGUCCUCACUGUAUUUAACCUUCGAGCUUCAGAACGUCAGACUAAUAUCUAUUGCAAUCAUACGCAACCAAUAAUACUGUUCGCCAUUUGCUUCA